CUGCAGAGGUGGCGGGUGUCGGAAGUGAAGACCGAGAAUGAUUUAGUCCUGUAAUGCUGUGUGGGUAGGCUGUGAAGUCUGUAAAGUUUAUUGGAGGUACAUAACGGCUUGUGAGCAUACCUGUUGCCAAAAUGGGAGGCUUGUAUUCCCGUUUGAGGACGCAGCAGUCAACUGUGGAGAUCUUGGAAAAUAUUGAUAAGGAUAUUCAGGCACUAGAAGAAUUUCGAGAAAAGAAUCAAAGAUCUCAGAAACUUUGGAUAGGAAGACUUAUUUUUUAUUCUUCAAUCUUGUACCUCAUUUCGUGCUUAAUGAUAUACUUCUGUUGUGUGGCUGAGGAUUUAACAACAAAGUUAAUGGAGACUUUGCCUCUGUUAGUGUUUCCUGUAUUCUUGAAGAAGUUAUGGAAAAAGAGACCUACAAGACUGCCAAAUUAAUUCUGGAGAGAUUUGAUCCGGAUUCCAAGAAGACAAAAGAGCUUGAGCAACUUCCAGCAGCUGGUAUUUCAGUAACUCCAAGACCUGGGCAGGAACUUCGUCAGCGUUCUGCAGCUAAACCAUUUCAAACUGCAUCAACACCACAGAAUCCAUCUUCAGGUGUUGUACAAGCUCAAGGUGUUGGUCAUGCAGCCACUCCAGGUGCACCACAGGUUGGCUCAGCACCUGGUGGACCACCAGAAAAAUCUCGGGCUAAUAUACUGCAGAAGCAUCCCCCAACCCCCAUGACACCAGUUUCUCGCAUGGGUCUCCAUCCUCCGGGUCCCCCUUUAGCAAGACCUAUCCUGCCACGGGAAAGAGGUGUAAUGGACAAAUUCAUUGAGCUUCUGGUGGGUGAUGGCCCCCAAAACAGAUAUGCACUUAUAUGUCAGCAGUGUUUUUCUCAUAAUGGCAUGGCACUGAAGGAAGAAUUUGAGUACAUUGCUUUUCGAUGUGCAUAUUGCUUUUUCCUGAAUCCCGCAAGGAAAACACGUCCGCAGGCUCCACGAAUUCCAGAAUUAAGGUUUGAAAACAGAUCACGUAGAGAAUCACAGAGUUCACAUUCUGAUGAAGCAGAUGUCCAGGAUAUCUUGCCCGCUGAUGAUCCUGCUGAAGAGAAAAGUACAUCAGCUGAUGAAUCAAAACAGAUACCAGAGCAAAAUGAUGCAAACAUAGCAGACUGCGAUACUACAUUAUUUGAGGGGCAUAAUGGCCUAGUGACCUGUGCUGAGGAACCAAAGCAAUCUGUAGAAAUUACUUCACAAGAAACAACGGUUUCUGAACAGGAUGAAGAUUCCCUAAUGGAGACUGAAUAAAACUUUUUCAUGGUGCAGGAAAGAAUACUAAAUUCCAGUUCUCUGUCUCGUUUUAUUAUUAUUAUUUUUUUUACUGUACGGGUUGGAUGGUUGAAUGGUUAGAUAUCAUUGCUGCCCAAGCUGUAACCCCACCCCACUGAAAAAGUCAGAGCAUCAUUACAACAUGAUCCAAAUACAUCAUUUUGGACUCAAGCAUGUGGAAUUCCUGAAAAUUAUAGCUUGUUGUGGCUCUUACUAAUGUAACACACAGGUCAUUAAUCAGUUGUCCUUUUCUGUUGAACAUUUGAAGUUGGCCAUUUCUGUGUACUAGUGCAGUUAAUAACUGACAGCAGAAAAUGCCAUUGGACAUUUAACCAGCUGCUUUGUCAGGUUUUGUGGUCUGCAUGUCUGAUUUUAAUUUUUUUUAAGUAGUUAGCAUUCAUAUAAAUGGUACUGAUUGUUUGUUUUUAUAUUGAGUUGGUAUAGGUUCUGCUUUCCAGGAGGACUGGCAGAAGUGCAUCUAAUAAGUUUAUUUUGACUAGUGCAUGUGUAUUUAUUGUGCGCAGCUAGCAUGGUACGUUCCUAAAGUGUAAAAAUAGAACUAAUGUACAGGAUUGAGUAUUAUAUCUUCAUAUAUUAUAGAAUUGCUGUAAGUUGAACUCAUUAUAGGAGUAUAAAAGCUGAUGUGGUAUUCAGUCACAUUUUUGGUGACCCAGUUUGCUGAAGCCCAUUCAUUUAGUAUCAGCCAAAUUAACAGAAUUUUUGGUAAGUGUUUCAUAACUUUCUCGCUACUUUUGACAGUCUCCAAAUUAGUUACAGUAGAGAGUUGCUGAGCAUCCGUCUGUGGAUCAGAAGAGUACGGGGGGGUGCCAACUGCAUAAAACAACUUGAAUCUUUCAUGUGUUUUAGCAUAUAGGUAGCGGAUGACUUGAGCCAGAUUCAGCUGGUUUACAUCAUGUGAAUUAACUUUGUUUACAUUGUAAAGAAUGCAAUAGGAACACUGAAAGUACUUGACUCUGAUUAAGGCAUAUUUAUAUUUUCAGGUAGUAGUGUUGUACAGAAAAGUGCCGGUUGUGCCUAUAUUUGCACUUUGUAUGGGGCAGGGGAAGAAAACACUGUUUUGGGGAAAUAAAGUUGAAAUGGCUAGAAACUGCAA